AUGGACGUUCCUGAGCCCGAACAGACUCCCUUCACGGCCGUGACGGCCCAGACCUCGAAGUUGGCCAGACACUACCAAUCCUGGCUCGAUGCUUCCACCCCAUUCACUGCCUACCGCUGGACCGGCACCGUCGUCCUCCUCCUCAUCUUCUUCCUGAGAAUCGUCGUCGCUCAGGGCUGGUACAUCGUCGCCUACACGCUCGGAAUCUACCUGCUCAACCUCUUCCUCCUCUUCCUGCAACCCAAGUUCGACCCCUCCCUCACGCAGGACGAAGGCCUCGAAGACGGCGACGCCGCCGUCCCCACCCUCCCCACCAAGUCCGACGACGAGUUCCGGCCCUUCAUCCGCCGUCUCCCCGAGUUCAAGUUCUGGCACUCGGCCACCCGUGCCAUCGCCAUCGGGUUCGUGUGCUCGUGGUUCGCCGUCUUCGAUAUCCCCGUCUUCUGGCCCGUCUUGGUCGUUUACUGGAUUAUCUUGUUUGUGUUGACGAUGCGUCGCCAGAUCCAGCACAUGAUCAAGUACCGUUACGUGCCCUUUUCGUUCGGAAAGACGAGAUAUGGCCGGUCAUAA